CAAGAAGGCUCCCCAAUUGAGACGUUUAGAAAAAUACGACAUCAAGGAUUCUGACAUCAAAAAGAUUCAAAUCAAAAUUAGAGGCAUCAAACUGCCCAAUUUCAAGAACAUUGACGAUGGAGUCCGAGUGAACCUUGGUGACAGCUUGAUUACGACGAGGGAAUCCGAGGAAGAGAGCAAGGCACAGCUAGAAACUCAACUGGACACUACCUCAACGAAGGAUGCACAAUUCAUUGACACAAGCUCAGUUAUAGAGGAGACUGCGCAAGCUAGACACUUGUUCAAAGAAAAACGCACGCAAGACGAUUUCGAUGUUGACAUCGACGAGAUUCAUGCUAAAUACACCUCAAUGAUUGAGCACGACAAUGGUUUAAGCUUGAAGCCUGCAGGGGAGGAGAGUUACGUUGCCCAGCUCAUCCAGUUGCAAGCUAUAGCACGCGGCACCCUUUUGCGCUAUGAAUUAUUCAUAAACAGGUUCAUGCUAAAAGUGUUCACGCCAGACAUCAUAAAAUUCCAAUCUCUUAUUAGGGGUUCGUUGGCAAGAUCUCAAAAAACAACGACUCAUCUUUCGCUCAUGGCAAACUCGAGAUCUCUUUCUGUGCUCCAGGCCAUUUUGAAAAAUACUAAACGGGAAGAUAAAUAUUCAGCAACGAGAUCCAAAUUGUUGCAACACGAAAUUUCGGUUGUUCAGCUACAGAGUUUGAUCAGAGGUGGAUUUAUAAGAGAAAAGAAAUAUGCUGCUAGAAAAGCGCUUCUUAAACAAACAAGUGCAAUUAUCAGAUUACAAGCCUGUAUCAGAGGAAACUUGAUUAGGGAGCACAAGAGCUAUUUAGAGCAUAGACUCGCUCAUGGCACACGAAAGGUUCCAAGAGGUAUUCCAAUUAGUGUUUCCUGCGAAGAACACCUUUCCACCCAUUACCUUGAAAAGGAUUAUAGACUUACUGAGUUGCAAGCCAUUUGCAGAGGAAAAGCGGUUAGGGACGAUAUUGCUCAUAAACGUAAACAGCUUUACAAACAAGUGUCUGCCGUGAAACAACUGCAAACAAUAUUCAGAGGCGUCUUGCAGAGAUUUUAUAUCGAGAUUCUUCAGGAUGACCUACAAGAUGCUGAGGAUUCGAUAAUAGGCCUUCAAUCUGAUAUAAGAGGCUACUUGCAGCGAAAACGUAUUAGGGAUAGAGAGGAAUGGUUCAGAAAACCCGAAAAUCUCGAAAAGAUCAUCAAGCUUCAAAACUGGUUCCGAGCUGCUCGCACUAAACAUGACUACAAAUCCUUGAUCUACGAGAAGAAUCCUCCUCUGAAAGCUAUAAAGAAUUUCAUCAAUCUGCUUGACGGCUCUGGAUCUGAACUCGAGGACGAGAAAAAGAUCCAGAAGUACAAGGAUGAAAUUGCAAAGGAGACAAGAAGAAUCGAGCAAUGGGAGUUGGAUCUUAGUCAGCUAGGUGCCAAGAUUCAGCUUCUGAAGAAGAACAAUGUUUCUCUGGAUGAGCUUCUCAAAUUUAGGGACGAAAACAUGAACCUAACUGGAUACUCCAACAACCUCAAUGAGAGUCUAAGUAAGAGUUUGGGAGCCAACCCUGACCAACUUUUGAUCAAGCCUAUCCGAACUCUGACCAGGUUAUAUGAGAAAUUUUUCUAUCUUCUGCAGACCAAACCAUGUUAUUUGGGACAUCUGCUGACUCUAGUCGACAAUGAGACCAUUAGUUUAGAUUUGAGCAGUGGCUCCAUUGAGGACUGGAUUUUGAAGUGUUUCAACUUCAGCAAUUUCUCGGCGCCAGCAUCAGACGCUCCUAAGCGUGAGGAAUUUCUUCUCAUGCAAUUAAUAUUGUUUGCUUCUAAUGAAUGCUUCAAACAACUGGGCUCCGUUGCGCGGCUCAAGAACUAUAUGAAAUCCAGACAGACGGUAUCAAACAGAAGCGCAAAUAGUUGGGAGUCCCUUCUCUUGACUUAUGUGAAUUUGCCUCAGCAGAGAUCUUUAGCGAAAAGUAUUUUGGCUGACUGCGUCUGGAAAGUGACUUCAGACGAAGAUGCAUCUUACGAACCUGAUCCUGCAGCCAUUUAUAGAGAUAUUAUUGAGCGCGAUGAAUUGGAGGGCCGCAUGACUUUGAAAUCAAUGGACGACUUAGACAACAUGGAUCCGAUUGAUGAUGAUGACACUAGGAAACAGUUUGUGAAAAAUUUGACACAGUUGAGAGAAGCUUCUUACGAUGUGAUGAAAACAAUAGGUAACCUCGUCAAGAAAGUGCCAGUGUUUAUCAGGGUAGUCUGCCGUGGGGUUUAUUAUCAAAUAAAGAAGCUCUAUCCAGGAGAAUCAGAGAGAUUCUACCUCAGUGCUGCGGGUUCAAUAUUCAUGAAAUCAUACGUGCUUCCUAUACUCGUCACUCCGGAGAAUUAUGGAAUCAGUAUAGAUCAUAUUGUCGAUGACGAGUCUCAUGUUUCAAGGGUUAGAGACAACCUUCUGCAAGUCGCCAAAGUGUUGAACCAACUGGUUUUGAUGAGGCCGUUCAACACUGAAAAUGUGUACUUGCAGCCAUUGAACCCAUUCGUCGAGGAGUUCGUGGAAGGUGUUAGAAAUAUUCUCAAAGACCUCAUUGAUGUGGGCACAAUCGAAGAAGCGUACCAAAUGAAAUCAGCAUACCAUGAUGUGGUUUCCAACCAAAAGCCUAAGUUGGAACUUUUGAAGGACGACAUUUCAGAGUUGUUGCAAAUAGUUUAUGACCACCAGGAUGUCCUGGUGACGCAAAAAAACGAUUAUUUGCAUUUCUUGCUGAUGGAAAUUGAGGAGUAUUCUUCUUAUCACAACAAGAUCGAAACCAAAAACAGUUUGGUUGAGCUGUAUUUGCAGCCAAUUGCCGAAAGUACCGACCCGGAAGUUGUUGGCACUAAGGUGGCUUUGUUGGAGGUUAAGGAAUACCUAAUAUACAUUAUCAAAGUGCAAGACGGUGCUGAUUUGCUGGAUCUACUGCUGAGCGAGAUUACUCCGCUUGACGAGCUCCGGUUCAAAGAGAUAAUCAAAGAGGAGAAGGCCAACAGUGCUUUACCUGAAUUUGGCAUGGAAAGACGAACAGUGCGCAAAAUCCACAAUUCGACGUUCCCCCAGCUGAAGAAGCGUGCCAUUGAACUUCUCCUUGAAUUGGAGAAUAAUGGAUACAUCAGUCGCGAAGACGGCUACCAGGCAAUUCUUAAUGAGAUAGCGCAUGAUAUCAAGAUGAGCAAAUCAAAAAAGGAGGAGAGAGAGCGCCAGCUUAAGCUUGUUAUUGACACUCUGACGAAGCUAAAGAAAAAAGAGAGAACCUGCUCGAAGGUUUACUCUGACUAUAUCAAGGAAAUUGAUAGGGUGAUGAUGCGUAUGCAGCACCAGAGUGUGCACAAGAAAAAAGGUCCUUUGCUUAAAUACUUCUCGAGGCAAUAUUACCAUGAAAGAGAGCUGAGGAAGAAGAAAGGAUACGUUCCUAAAUUUGGUUCUUACAAACAUUCUGCCAAGCAUCUGAUGGAUCACCACAUCCUGAUUGAGUUCUGCAAUACUAACCUCACCUCUUUUGCUUUGAGCCGAAUUUAUUUCACCAUCAGCUGUGAGCGCCAGGGAGAGUUUACGUUUGAUAUUUCCAAAAACUCGCUUGGUGUUUGUGGCCAUGCAAGGAUCACCAUGGACGAUUUUCUCAAUCUACAAUACGAACACAAGAAAACAGUCAAAUUGUUUGAUGACAGCGUUCUCUUUGAUACAGAUAACUUGGUGGCGUUUAUUUUCAAGAAGUUUUAUGAGGUGAAGGAGAGUGUAUAGAGACUGCCAUAAAAUAUUCUACUUCAAU